AGGCAGUUUACGGCUCCAGUGAUCUACUAGGACGACGUCGAUGGCGGCAUAGUCAGGUACUUGCCGACCUCUUCUGGAGUCACUUCAUCCGUAAUUACCUGCCUGGCCUACAGCCACGCCAGAAGUGGAGAACUACUACCCCAGACCUGGUAGUGGGCACCGUCGUCAUGGUGCUCGACUCACAGCUCCCAAGGGCGCUAUGGCCCAUUGGGCGUAUCACCCGUAUCAUCCCCAGCGACGACGGUAAGGUGCGAGUUGCAGAGGUAGACAUCAAGGGUAACCUCUACACCCGUCCCGUCGCCAAGUUGGUCGAACUUCCAGAGAUGCCUGACGACUGAGAACCCAGCUGUGCCGAUCCAGCAGAGACUUUCCUGGUCUACGUAUUCGCUCCACGAAUCCGGGGGCGGCUGUGGAAAACUCCCUGCUGGAACCUGCGUCGUGACAUCAGAGACGUUAUUAGGAACGUACCACGCGCCUGCGCACAUUCAUGACCGUUGACUUUCAGUGUGCUUCACUAGUAGACACUUGCAGCUCUGUUCCAGCACCUCACUAAAAUGUUGAACUCUUUGUGUGUACGUGUGCGUUGAUGACAAUGUAAGUACAUAAUUCCUUCGUCUGUUUGUGUUUACUACACGCUGUUAGUUCGGUAACUGUGUAACCUUAGUUACCGCGAGAUACAAUGUAUUCAGACGAGGAAAUGCCGAACUAACGUUCAUUUCCUGGUUUACCGUUACAAGAAUAGUUCAGUUUGAGAGCUGUUUAGCAGUACUCCGAAUUGUAGUGUUAUUUCUACUGUUCUGAAGAUGUUUAGGACGGUAAACUAGCUUCCAAAUGUAGCAUUGAGCGUUUAUGGAGCCGUUAUGUUCGAGUGGAUAAUAAUUUUCUCGACCUUACGGCGGGAAGAACCGCUUCUGCCAUUCGUGGUCUUUAUGCGCCACCCUGUGGUCAUUAAGUGUACUGCAUCCAUAUGCUCUGUAUUAUCACUUUGAGUGCCUAGUUCUCACCUAUAUUAUCCUGUUAUUACUUGCUACUUGCAGUAAUUCUGUUCCUUGUUACAUUAAUGUUACUGAGGUGUUACAUAAUUGCAAUUACAAUUAUAUAUAUUGUUAAUGUAACUGGAUAUGUAUAUUUGAUUCCACCUGAAACCGAAUAUUCUGCAUACAUUAUAAUUUGUAUAUGCAUAUGUGGAAUUUAGAUGUACAAUAUUCUAAUUACUCUUUCUGUAUAUGUUUAUCUUGCAGAAACCACACACGUAUCCAUACACACUCACACACACUCUCACAUGAUCAUCAAUAAAGUCCGUAAUAACACCUAAAGUCGCAGCUGUUCUCUGACCGGAGCACAUAGUCAGUGAGGGAGCGACUAGCUAUCAACGUACACGUCCGUCACAGAGGUGUUUUCCAAAGUCAAAAGAAUUGAGGAUGAGAUUAGUGGAUGCAAAUAUUAUUUAUGCUGCAGGAACACAGAAUUGCAUUAAAUGGAGUGUUUCCCAACCGUGUUCCUCAAGGCACACGGUCCAACAUGUGUUAAAGGUCUCCCUGCUUUAAUGUGCCUGAUUAAACGGAUUGAAGUUCAACAAACGCCUGUUAAUCAGUCAUCAAUUGAAAUCAAGCAUGGUUUUCGGUUUUGCUUACACAAAAACCGAACAAAAUUUUAAAAAGUAUUGUCUUUCUCGUUAACUUUCUUUUUUUAAUCACUCAAGUUUAUUUGUAUAGCACAUUUCAGCAACACGGAAGUGCUUUAUUUACAUCGAGCAAACAUUUAAAAAAACGUCAUCAUAAACAAAUCAUACAGUCAACACUUGUGAAAACCAAAAACAGACAUUACAUUUUCGUUGGCCAGGAACUUGUAAAACAUGUCCUAGAUUAUUCCUUUUGUUUUUACUUUACUAAAAAGCGACAAAAGAACCUUUAAACCUCCCCGUUUCUUCGCUAAUAAAUUAUGGCUCCGAGUGAACAAAGUUAACCGUAUCUUAUUUUUACGAAAGUCCUCUAACGCAGCACCAGCUUCUACUUCCAUCCCUUAGAGGGCGCUAGUAGUUUUACAUUAACGAACAUGCUUGUUUAGUGUCUCUUGUCAACUUUAGGCUGUAAAAAGACCAAUACGUUAAAUUUCAUUAUCAAAACGGACUUUAUGUAGCUGUUGUUAACUCUAAAUCACCAAACAUUAUCUCAUUUAAGUAAUUUUAAUAUGUGUUCGGCCGCAGCAUCAUGCUAACCGUCUGUUUGCUCUUAGUUAGCUAGCUAGCUGCUAGCGACUAUUGAUACAGAUGUUAGCCCCAGUUUGUGAGCUGAAUAGAGGAAUAGCUUCUCAAAAAGUGAUAGUUUGACUCGAGAAACAAAUCUAAAUGGAUCUCAAGUUUUACUCUGAGCUGUCGGAUGACUGUCCUGCAAAUGUUGACAGUGAGUUUAUGGACACCCAGCCAUACGGCGGAUACUCUGAGGAGAACAAGUUUUCUGAAGGCAGCGACAGUUAUCUAACCAUUAGUGGAGCGGGGCAUCAUUUCCUAUCAGCAGAGAUACAGCAGACAUUUCACACUCCUAGUCUCGGGGAUGAGGUGUUCGAGAUCCCACCGAUAUCCCUGGAUCCAGACCAGGCUCUCAGCCUCAGCGAGGCAGUGUCCCACUUUGACCUGACCGACGGCUCAGACGACACCAGCGGGUCUUCUGGCUCCAGGAGCCUGGUGAGCAACCUGGUGGUGGAGGCCAAUGAUCCGUCGUUCGCCUCCACCUUUGGGUCUCAGGGUCUGGAGAGGCUGAACCUCGGGACAAUGGGUCAAGCUGGAGGGGGGCCCCUGCUUAGCUCCUCUGCCCUGGAGAUGGGGAACUCCAGUGGCUCACAUUUCAGCCGUUCUCCUCCCAUGACCAUCGAUGUUCAGCUGAGCGAAUUAGGUCACGGUCUCCUGGAAGGCAGCCAGCUGACCGGCAUGAACCCGUCAGACCUGACGCUGGGGCUCGGGGGAAGUAACCCGGCCCAUCAUCUGGAUGCACCAGAGGAGCCGCUGCUAAUAUCCUCGUCUCCAGUCGGUUCCCUGCAGGACGAGGACAUGGAUGACUUCAAGAGAAGUGUGCUGGUGGACUCCCCCGUGUCCAUCUCCUCCUCCCCGGUCCUAUCCCACAUGUCCCCCUACCCCUCGUCCCCGUCCUCUUCCUCCCCGGCGGCAGCGGCCAGGCGGGUCGGAGGGAAACCCGCCGCUCUGGCCUCAGCAGUCGAAUCAGCGGCGGGAGGAAAGAAAGGAAGGAAGAAGAAGGAUCCCAACGAGCCGCAGAAGCCCGUCUCGGCGUACGCUCUGUUUUUCAGAGACACCCAGUCGGCCAUUAAGGGCCAGAACCCCAACGCCUCCUUUGGGGAGGUGUCAAAGAUCGUGGCGUCCAUGUGGGACAGCCUGGCGGACGAUCAGAAACAGGUUUACAAAAAGAAAACGGAAGCAGCCAAGAAGGAGUACCUGAAGGCGCUGGCAGCGUACAAAGCCAGCCAGCUGUCUCAGCCGGCCGCUGUGGAGAUGGAGACGUCCCCUCCUGUGGUGGAUCUGACCCUGGUAGCCCCUCCUCCUGCGGCCCAGCAGACCCUUCUCCUGCCCUCAGCCAGCAGCAGCAGCAUGGAGGCCAACAUCAUCCUGGACGUUCCUCCCCAGGUGGCUCCAAACCCAGCCGGCGCUCCAAGCACCAUCCUGCCUCCGACCCAGACCGUCACCAAGAUCAUCAUCCCCAAGCAUCUGCUGCAGGCCGGGGGCCAGGUGGUGACGCUGUUAUCCGGAGGGGUCGGCGCCGUGCAGCCCACCCUCCUGGUGUCCAGCGCCGCCCGCCAGCCGCCGCCUCUGCAGCAGAUGCAGAACGCGCCGCCCCCGCCGCGGCUUCAGCAGAUGGCGCCGGCCCCGCCGCCGUUGCAGGCCAAACCUAGAGAGGGAGCGACGACGACGCUGGGCCAGCCGGUCACCAUGGCGGCGACGCCUCCACCUCCGCUCCAGAUCAAAAUAGUCCCUGCGCCGGUUCAGGACAGGUUGGCCACCAGCGUAGUCGCACCUGCUGCCACCGCCGCCGCGGCGGCUGCUGCUGCAGCUACCACAGUGCGACCGGUGCAAGACGAGAGUUCUGCUGCAGCUACAGGCGACGACGACAUCACAGAGAUUCUGGAUUCAGACGAGGACGUGAUGGAGGUGAGCGCGUCCGCCGGCGCCACCUCUGUGAAGAGCAUGUGUGUGAGAGUGGGCUGCACAAACCUGGCCAUCGACAGCGAGGACUGGGACCAGGAGUACUGCAGCAACGAGUGCGUGGCCACUCACUGCCGGGAUGUCUUCAAGGCGUGGUGCUCCAUCCAGAACCAGAACCUGGGGACAGUGAAGUGAAGAGCGCCCUCUACUGAUCGACACAGACACAACAACUGAUAUUUAUCAGCUACUAUUUUGCCAGUAACACUAGUUAGCUGAAAAAAAUCAGUUUUUGUUUUUUGAAAAAGUGGAACAAAGAUAAGUGGUGACUAUUGUCAAUGCUUUGGAUGUGAAUUGUAGUUUAGCAGUGAGUUUUCUGGGGGAAGAAAUGACAAGUGUCAGUAAAUCCGAUCCAGACGUGGAGACAGCCAACGCCGUUACUGGAGGAUCUAAUGGCAGCUAGUACAGUAUGAAAAGUCAGUUACUUUUUUUUAAAGACAGAAAAUUAAAAACAAAUAAAAAAAAUGAUUCCCAGUGGUGAACAAAAUAAAAAGCUCCAGACCAGGUUAGCAUUAAAUGCCUUCAUUUGUUUGUAUAUGUUUGGUAUUUGAUGAUGGCUUUCCAUGUGGGCUAAUGCCAUUUUUGUAUGAUCUAUUAAUCAGGCAGUUUAGUUGUUUCUAAAUUCUCAUGUUUUUUUUUUUUUUAAAUAAACAAAAAUAGCCUGUA